AUUCUGAGUUCAGCUCUCGUUCAGUAAACAUUAAACGAAGAAACGAAAAAAUAUAAAUUUGUUUCAACAACAGCAAUAUAUUUUGUUUGACUUUGGAAUUUUUUCGUUCUCGAUUUGAGUCUUAGCAACAAUAAAAAGAAGUUUUUUUUUCUGGUUUUUUUUUUGGUGAUAACAAGCAAAUAAAAGUAAACGUUGCCACAAAGUUUUACGUCAAUCAAUAAUAAAACGUAAACAAAUAAAGUGAAAAGUGUCGAUAUUCAGCGAAUUUUCUGAAGUAUUUUUUUUUUCUGGCGAAAAAGUUUUUGUUUCGAAAAGAGAAGAAAAAAAAUUAAAUUACAUCAAAAUGGUUUACGCAACAGCAGUUCAACAACAAAGUGUCAUCGUUAAAGGACAAAAAGCGGGCAAUUUGGCAUCGCUUGAACCACUAUCGCGCACCUACCAAUAUCGCAAAGUGAUGAAACCAAUGUUGGAGCGAAAACGUCGUGCACGCAUCAAUCGUUGUUUGGAUGAAUUAAAAGAAUUAAUGGUGACCGCAUUGCAAGCCGAAGGUGAAAAUGUAUCGAAAUUGGAAAAGGCCGACAUCCUCGAAUUGACCGUUCGUCAUUUGCAUAAAUUGAAGCGUCAACAACGUUUGGCCGCCAGUCCAGUCAUCGAAGCCGAUCGUUUCCGUGCCGGUUUCACACAAGCCGCCAAUGAAGUAUCACGCGUUUUGGCCAGCACACCAAAUGUUGAUGUAUCAUUGGGCAAACGUAUUAUGUCACAUUUGGGACAUCGCAUCAACGAUCUCGAUAAAGUGCAACCGUUAUCAAUUCAUGUUGGUCAAACAAUCUAUUCGCCAGCAUCAUCACCCUGCAGCGAAAGCCAAUAUGCAAUGCCAUUGACACCAUCAUCAUCACGAUCAUCAAACAGCACAUCACCCUCACCAAGACCAAAUGACUACACCACAAAUAUUCAUCAAGGUCUCCUCAAAGUAGCACAAAAAGAAUGCUGGCAACCAUGGAAAUGAAUCAGCCUAUUCGAAUAAUGAGAGAUAAAAAAAAAUCACACAUUGAUUCUUCCAUUAGCUAUUAAGAGUUAAACAUUUUCAUUCAUUUUAAAUCAAGAAGAUAAAAAAAACACAUAAUAAUAUUGAUCUCGUAAUAAUUAAUUAGAAAGAAAA